AUGGCUGCUGCAGAAAUCGGGAAGGCGGUGAAUGAUAACUUCCUGGGCAACUGCAACUUCCCGGCAUUAUACAACUUUGGCGACUCAAAUUCGGAUACAGGAGGACGAUCCGCCGCCCUCGAUUUAGUUCCUCCUCCUAACGGAGAAACGUUCUUCAGAGAACCGUGUGGCCGGCAAUGUGAUGGACGUUUAAUUAUAGAUUUCAUCGCUGAGAAGUUGGGUUUGCCAUACUUGGGUGCUUACUUGGACUCCAUCGGCACGAAUUUUCGACACGGAGCGAAUUUCGCAACAGGGGGCUCAUCCAUACUUCCUGGUGGUUACAGCCCUUUUCACCUGGAACUCCAAAUUGGUCAAUUUCUACAGUUCAAGUCUCGAACUUCAAAGCUCUAUGAGAAGUUUAGUCAGGAAGGGAAUGUUUCACCACUUAAAAGCUACUAUCUUCCUAGGCCCCAAGAUUUCUCGGAUGCCUUGUAUACAUUUGACAUUGGACAGAAUGACCUGGCCCAUGGAUUCCAGUAUACCUCAGAAGCAGAGACUCUGGCAUCUAUACCAACAAUCCUGAAAAAAUUUUCCGAGGCGAUUUUGUCACUUCAUAAUGUAGGAGCAAGGAAUUUCUGGAUACAUAAUACAGGUCCAAUUGGCUGCUUGCCAAACAAUGUGAGAUAUUAUCAGCUGAAGCCCCGAAAUCUGGACAAAUAUGGAUGCGUGGAUCCUCAAAAUAAGGUGGCACAAGAGUUCAACAGGCAGCUGAAACAACGGGUUCAUUUUCUCAAGUCAAAUCUUCAAGGGGCUGCAUUCACAUACGUGGACAUAUAUUCCGCUAAAUACUCACUGAUCAGCAAAUCCAAAUCCCUGGGUUUUGAGGAUCCUUCGAAGUUCUGUUGUGGCAGUUAUUAUGGUUAUUCUGUUCCAUGCGGGAAGAGAGCUGUUGUGAAUGGAACUGUGUAUGGAGGUCCAUGUCCGAAUCCCUCCAAGCAGAUUAGCUGGGAUGGCAUUCACUACUCUGAAGCAGCUAAUUCAUGGAUUGCCAAAACGGUCCUAGACGGCGCUCUGUCCGACCCGAAAGUUUCGAUUCGCCAAGCUUGCCGCGCUUCUCCAUAG